AUGGAAAGCCUGAGAGAUGUUUCUUUCCAAGAUAUUCCGCUGGAUGACGACCUCCUUUCCAUGCUGGCCUGCCAGCCUCAUCUGUCGCGAAUCCAGCUUUGGUCCUACAACAGCGAGCAGCAUAUCACAGACGAGGGGGUAAUGCUCCUAGCAAGAAGCCUCGGUUCGACGCUGGUGAAGCUAAGUUUGGAUAGCUUCGUGUUCAACGGUGCCGGUGUUUUGACCGCUCUGUCGUCACUGUGCUGGAAUCUUCAAGAACUUCUGCUUGAGGGCAAUGCGCAGUGCCAAAUUGGUCAAAUUGAUGGUUUGAAGCUGCCGGCAAAGUUGGCGAAGCUGCGCUUGCCUGGCUGCGGUCUUGUUGGAUUCAUGGACUUGUCCAACCUCUUUGAUCUUCAUUACCUAUGGCUUUUCGACAACCCCGGGCUUGAAGGUGUGCAGGGAGGGGGACAGCAAUUGAAGGUCUUGAACUUGGGGUCCACAAGCUGCAAGAGCAUUCAAUCAUUUGGCUUUGGUUCUUUAGAUCUUCUGGAUGUGUCUUCAACCUGCCUUCCUGAGAAAGACCUAGCGGCGAUCCUUCUCACCUCACCUGUCCUCACUCGUGCGGUGCUAGGGGGCAACAUGGUAUCACCAGCGCUGCUGGUGGCUUUUGUGCAGCAGGCAUCGUGGCUGCGGAAUUUGAGCCUCUGCGGUGUAGGCGCUGGACUGGUUGCCUUGGCAAGGCUUCUGUCAGGCCCUGGGUUGGUGGCACCAGACCUGGAGCUUUUGGAGAUCUCGGAGGCGUCGUGUCCCAUGGUGGCAGAGUGGUUGAGUCUUGAGUCAGCAUUUGGCCAAGCAAGUCAGCUGAUGCUGGGAUUGAUGGGGCUGCUGAUUCCUGGCUACCGACAGUCCUUCCAAGAUGAAGCGCUUCCAGUACAGCAGACAGGUACAGACACGGCGGCGACUUCUGCAACCUUCAUUUUGACGUACUCAAAGACAGAGGGUAAGAUAGACUUCAGCAUCGGGGUAUCAUUUGGGGAGGCGCGCCAGCUUGUCUUUGAGCACAGGGAAGGCCACAAGGUGCAGUUUGCUGUUCCACAGCGAAACGGUGACGUCCAUGUUUUCGGGCAGGCCACCAACGGUUGUUGGCGUCAUGGGGUUCCUCCAUCCAUGGACUCUGAUGGGCCAAGCAUCAGCAUCAACGUUUGGGGCUCCCGAGGUGAAGGUGAGGUCGACCUACUAAGCUCCAUGCGAGGCCGCUUUCCUCAGAUCAGGUUUCAGGAUCCUGCAGCCGGUUUACAGCCGAAAGAGUGCGAGGCUUGUCAUCGCAUGACCGAUCCUCAGAGCGGCUUCAAAGACCUAGAUGGCCGCUGGAGUUGCUGCCGCUGCCAGCCGGAGCUCGGCUGGCGACCUUGCGCAGCACAGUCCCCGAAGCAGGUGACGGACUGCCUCACCGUAAAGGCUGCGCAGCUGGCCUUGGCCAUUCUGGUGGGACGCCGCAGCUACGUUUUUCGCAGGGCAAAGUUUCCUGAUGGUUGGUAUGCGCUUCACGUGGCCUGCGAAGAUCCGGAUCCAGAGAGUUCCGAAGCUUUGCAGCUUCAGGGGGAGUGGCCUUCAGCCCCGGCGGAAGAAGACCUGCCGCAUGGGGCGCUGGUUGGUCUCCUUUAUGUGCAAGCUGAUGGCCAUACAGCCAAAAGCGUGGACUGGAAGGGGCCCUACCACAAGUACAUUGUUACCAAGACGGUGGCAUUGCAGGACCCUCUGCCGGCUAACUCACCGGGAAUUCCAGAAGAGCCAUGGCGACUGAGCCCAGUUGCUCAACAAUCAGUUUUGCGGUUGAUUGGCAAGACCUACGAGAACUCGCGUGUUGAGGAGAGCUGGACCCUUCCAUCCACUUCUUGGUGGUCCCACUCGUCAGCUUGGGACUGGGCCGACUGGGACUGGGCGGACCGAGCCUGGAGCGACUGGGCCGAUCGCGAAUGGGGCAACUGGGGAUGGAGUUGGGACAGAUGGCAGGCCUGGGCCCCCCAUCGUGAGGAUGUGGCCUCUCAGCGGAGUGCUGCAGAGCCAAACGUUGAAGGAGCCCAGACCGACGCGGAAGGGCCUGGCUCAGGUCUCCAGAACUUGGCACCGUUGCCGGCAGAGACGCUUCCACUGCCCGACCUUGAGCCAGAAGCCGCUUCCGAGGAUCCCGAGGUGCAGGACACCCAAGAUCAAGAACUAGAGGGGGAUGCGACCGACCAUGCUGAUUGCAAGUCUGGAGGUUCUUGGAGCCCUGAAUCUGAAGGAGAGUCG